AUGCUAGUAAAUAGUACAGUUGCAUGGUUUGGACGAAUCCUAUCGCAGCUAAAAUUCCUCAUGAAUCGGCAAUGCCCCACCGAACUAAUUCAAUUUCCAGUCUUUUCAUGUUUUGAAGCGCUCCUGUUACUACAUGCCCAGAAUGAGAUUGAUGGUCUUGGAUAG